GACUCGGACGAUGAUGUUGUCAUUGAUGAUAGCGACGAUGAUGGGCCGAAACCUUCAAGACCUAUAGGGCGCCGAAAGGCUACGAAGAAAAAUUACAACUUCGGAGGCACCGAUGACGAAGAUGAAGAAAGCUCGCCAGCAAAACCUAGAAAGAGGAAAGUCAUUGACAGUGACAGCGACUAG